AUGGUCGAGCUACCCAGCAACUUCAUGUUGAAACGGCUCUCAGCCAAGCUGUGGCUCCCGCUGCUCGUCUUCAGCUGGGGCAUCGUGACGAUCGGAUCGUCCUUUGUCAAGAACUUCGCCGAGCUCGCCGUCAUCCGCGUCCUGCUGGGUGUCUGCGAAGGUGGUCUUCUGCCCGGUAUCCCGCUCUACCUCGCCACCAUGUACCCGCGGUACAUGGUCCAGGUGCGCAUCGCCUACUUCUACGCCGGGGCUUCGCUCGCCGGCGCCUUCGGUGGUCUCCUCGCCUCCGGUCUCCUGCAGAUGGACGGCCUCGGCGGCCUCGCUGGGUGGCGCUGGAUCUUCGCGAUCGAGGGAAUCGCAACAUGCGCCAUCGCUGUGAUCGCCUACCUGUGGCUUCCCGCAUCGGUCGAGGCGGCCAAGUUCCUCUCGACCGAGGAGCGCGAAGUGAUGCUCUCGGCCAUCGACUGGGACACGCACUCGAUGCGGGUGCGCAACAGCGGCCUCGACCCCAUUGUGCUGGACAGCAACAACGGCUACAGCCAGGGACAGGAGAUGACGCACCAGCUCACCUGGGAGUCCAAGGAGAUCGCCGACACCACGACGGCGGCGGCCAUCAAGGAAAAGGAGGCCAUGGGCGCCGUCACGCCCGCCGUUUCCAGGGGAGGCGCUGGUGCGGCCGGACGGGUGCUCGAGCAGGAGCAGUUCGAGUGGCGCGAGGUCCGCCGCGGCCUGACAGAGAUCCAGGCGUGGCUCAGCGGCAUCGCCUACCUCUGCGUCUGCAUCUGCCUCUACUCGUACACCCUCUUCCUGCCCACCAUCCUCCGCGGCAUCUACCCGGACAUCAGCACCACCAGACUCCAGCUGCUCACCGUGCCGCCCUUCGUCCCGGCGACAAUUGGAGUCGUCGCGGUUGCCUACGCCGCCGACAGGGCCAAGAUGCGCGUGCCCUUCAUCCUCGGCUGCCUGCCCUUUUCCAUCAUCGGCUACAUUAUCCUCCUGGCCACCUCGGACCCCAAGACCAAGUACGCCGCCAUCUUCCUCAUCUCCCUCGGCGUCUACUCGGCGGUACCGUGCAUCCUGACGAUCCCCAUCAACAACUCGGCGGGGUACUACAAGCGUGCCACGGUCAACGCGCUGCAGCUCAUGGUGGCCAACUGCGCCGGCUUCGUCGCGACCUUCAUCUACGACGCAAAGUGGGCGCCCGACUACACGCCGGGGCACUCGGUCGUCCUGGGCGCCCUCAUCCUCGCCUGGAUCCUCAUCGCCCUCAACGGCCUCUACUGCCGCUGGGAGAACCAGAAGCGCGCCAACGGCGAGCGCGACAGCAACUGGAUCCGCUACCAGGAGCUCGUCGACCAGGGCCUCACAAAGGCCCCCAUCGGCGACCGCAACCCCGCGUUCAGGUUCACCAUCUAG